AUGAUGUAUUCCAUAUCUCGAGUUAUUGAAAUCUGCAAGCAAAAGAAGUCAUUUAUUCAUUACUCUUACACUUUCCUAUUUUAUCUUAGCAAUGCAUUACAUGACAGAGCUACCUCCUUUGAUGCCGGUACCGGAUCCUCAAGUUGGCAGACGGGUUGGGCUGUGGUCAGUCAAAUCGCUUCAGCUGCGGCCAAACGCACCAGUGAAUUAGCUGCCCAGGCAGGCCAGAAGACAAAACAGUUGACCAGUGUUGUGCAAGACAAAGCUAUCCGUACAAUUGUCGUAUGCAUUUGUUUGGAAUCGGCCCUAGAUACUGAUCUUCGAUCUAACGGUUGA